GCGGAAUUGGACGCGCAUCGAUCAAACGAAUCCGCGCGCAUCCAGCUUACAAUUGUUUCCACUUCGCGUUUGUAACUGUUGCGUUUAACUUGUUGCCUAACGGAUGUGAAGUGAUUACAAGCCAGUAACAACAUGACGGAUCAUGCAAACGAUAUCAAGCCCGCCGAGGCAGGCGGCGAUCCUGUGGACACUGUCGGCGCCGAGUCCGAGUCCGAGUCCAGAGCUCUUCCGGUCGAAGCGUCAGGCGAAACGGCCACAGCUCCCGCAGUAGAGUCAAGUCUUGUUCCAGCCGCAGCAAGAUCUGUGCCAGAUCAGGAGGAGCCGGCGAGCAAUGGCAAGGCUCUGGCCGAUUUUGUUGAGCCCAAGAAGAAUGGCAUCGAUCCAGACGAGAGCAAGGAUUUCGGCAAUGUGUCCGAGGCGGAAGGACAGCUAAAGAAACUGCCCUAUCCAAAGUCGGUGUUCUUCAUCAUCAGCAACGAGUUCUGCGAGCGCUUCAACUAUUACGGCAUGCGCACUGUGCUGGUGCUCUAUCUGAGCCGAAAGCUGGGCUACUCGGAUGACACCGCCACCGUGGUGUUCCAUGUCUUCACGAUGUUCGUCUACUUUCUGUGCGUGUUUGGUGCGAUCAUUUCGGACUCGUGGCUGGGCAAGUUCAAGACAAUUUUGUAUCUGUCGUUGGUUUAUAUAUGCGGAUCGAUUCUGUUGACCCUCGGCGCCAUUGGACCGCUCAACUUGCCGCUGGAAACAUUCACCAUACUGGGCUUGGCGCUAAUUGCCCUCGGCUCGGGCGGCAUAAAGCCGUGCGUGUCGGCCUUUGGCGGUGAUCAGUUCAAGGUGCCGGAGCAGCUGAAGCAGAUAACCUCUUUCUUCUCGCUCUUCUACUUCUCCAUCAAUGCCGGAUCGCUGAUCUCGACCAGCGUGACGCCCAUUUUGCGCGAGGAUGUCCACUGCUUCGACGACAUCAAUUGCUAUCCGCUGGCGUUCGGUGUGCCCGCCGUCCUCAUGAUUGUCUCGGUGGUGAUCUUUGUGCUGGGACGACCGCUCUACAAGAUCAAGCCACCCGCCGGCAAUAUGGUGGUGCUGGUGAGCAGCACCAUCUGGACGGCCCUGACCACCAAGUGCAAGGAGAAGAAGACCAAUCCGCGCGAACACUGGCUCGAUUAUGCGGACAGCAAGUACGAUCGCCAGAUGAUCGACGACGUUAAAGUCCUGAUGCGUGUUCUGUUCCUCUAUCUGCCGCUGCCCAUAUUCUGGGCACUGUUCGAUCAGCAGGGCUCCCGCUGGACGUUCCAGGCGACACGCAUGGACGGCGAUAUGGGCUCCUGGGAUCUGAAGCCGGAUCAGCUGCAAGUGCUCAAUCCGCUGCUCAUUCUGGUCUUUAUUCCCCUUUACGAUGUCGCGUUCUAUCCGGUGCUGCGACUGGUCGGCAUACGGCGUCCGCUGCAGAAGCUCACCAUGGGCGGCAUCCUGGCCGGCAUUGCGUUCAUCAUUUCGGGCAUUGUGGAGCUCAAUCUCGAGAAAACCUAUCCCGCAUUACCCUACAGCUGGAAUGCGCAGCUGCGCGUCUUCAACACCGAGGACUGCACCUACAACUUUGCCAGCAACAGCGACUCGCUGAAGACCUUCACCGUGGAGCCGUACAGCAUGUUCACGGACAAGGAUGUAUUUGUGCCCGACACCUUUCUUUUUGAGUAUACGAUCAGCAGCCCGGAUCCCGCUUGCCAUGCCUAUGCAGGCGGCAGCCGUACCCUAACAGAUAAGAAGGCCUGGUCUCUGUUCCUGAACAGGCGCAACAUUACCGGCGAAUCCUUCUGGGAGGAGGACUUUGUGAACAAACCGUCCGACAGCUAUCCGCUGAUCCGCAUCGUCGGCAACGUCCAGCAACAGCGACAGAUUGUAUUGAAGAGCAGCAAGGAGAGCUACGAGUACAAUGCCAACGAGACGUACCGACUGCGCGUCUCCUCCGGCAAUUACGAGAUCUCCAUCGACAGCCAGACACUCGGUACGGUCCACGCGCACACCGGCGGCGUCUAUACCCUGCUGCUCAACGAGCUGACCUCCGGCGGGUAUAGCUACAAGCUUGUCGAGGUCACGGAGCCCAACUCGAUGAACAUACUCUGGCUAAUACCGCAAUAUGUGGUCAUGACAUUGGGCGAGGUCAUGUUCUCUGUAACGGGCCUGGAGUUCUCGUACGCGCAGGCACCGCCCAGCAUGAAGUCCGUACUGCAGGCCUGCUGGCUGCUUACGGUCGCCUUCGGCAAUGUGAUUGUGGUGAUCAUUGCGGAGGCGGCGCUCUUCGAUUCGCAGGCCAGCGAGUUCUUCCUGUUCGCGGGCCUCAUGUUCGUCGACAUGCUGCUCUUCAUGUUCAUGGCCUACAACUACAAGCCAAAUGACCCCAACAGGGUCGAGGAGGCCGAGCCGCUGACCAACGGCGACAAUCGCCAGAUCAAGGCUCUCGAGACGGGCGUCGACAACAAGGGCAAGGAGAUCGAUGGCUAGGCCACGCCCCACCCCUCCUCUAAUGUUGUGUAUUAUAUAUAUAUAAAAACGAAAAACCCUCCCUUCCCCCUUCCUAUGAUAAUUCAUAUAUGUACUUUGUGUCCAAUUUACAAUGUAAGUGUAAAGCUCUGCCCGGGUCAACGAUCCACGCAGAUCGGACGGGUCGGGCGUUGUUGAAUAUGCCAAGACAUAAAUUUUAACUAAACUAAUCUUAUAUAAAUAAAUCAAAAAUUGUAAUCAUA